CAAUGUGUGGAUUACCAGGAUAGGAGUUAUGCCAUGAUCAUGUCAUGACCAUGACCCCACACCAGUUAUCAGUGACCACUUUAUCACCUGAAGUGAGGGGAAGAAUGUGUGUUAAAGGGCAGGGAUUGUAGACACAUCCACUGCAUGUUAAAGAAGCUUCAGCAGUUAUCUUAGCUGAUGCUCUCCAAGCUGAACACAGGAACACGUGGGAUUUGAAGUGAACUCAGGGGACAAGGCUCUGUGCUGAAGGCUCGUUAUGGAUUUGAAGUCAACACUUCUGGUCACUGGAGGAUCUGCGUGUUCUUUCAAACUGCUGAACACAAUCGUCAGAUUCCUGCCAACACCGGAGCCUGCGCACAAGAAAGCCUGGAAGUGGAGGAACAUCAUCACCUCUUUAGUUCACAGCUCGCUGACAGGGGCAUGGGCUGUUCUAUGUUUGUACCAUCAACCUCACAUGUUGGAGGACCUGAUCUCCUCUCAUUCCUUGUUCUCCCACAGGCUUGUAGCUGUGUCUACAGGUUAUUUUAUCAAUGACUUCUUGGACUUGGCCUUGAAUCAGUCCAUCAGACAAUCCUGGGAGGUGCUCCUCCACCACUCUACGGUGAUCUCCUGUUUCAGUUUGGCCGUAAAGUCGCGUCUCUAUCUCGGUUUGGCUGUGGUGUCUUUGCUGAUGGAGAUCAACUCUGUUUUCCUCCAUAUCAGACAGCUUCUCCUCCUGUCAGGUCAGAAGAACAGGCCAGGGACUGAAAUUACAGCCCCUCACCCCUCUGUGACCUACAGCGUGACCAGCUGGCUCAACCUGGGAACGUUCCUGGUGUUUCGUGUCUGUACGACGGGUUGGAUGAUCCACUGGCUCGCAACUCACAGUGAACUUGUGCCUCGCUACGUCCUGAUGAUGGGGACAGUAGGCCUGAGUCUCAUCUCCACCAUGAACAUGGUGCUUUGUUACAGGCUGCUCAGAGCAGACAUCCUCACCAGCACAGAUAACACUGGCAAGAACCACUAGAGGGAGCCAGUGCUGUGUUUCUCUACCUCAUGAUGUGGCUGAACAGUGAUUCAAAAAACUGAAGACUUUUGUAACUUGUAGCUGUGUUUGUUAUAAUCUAAAGGAAAGCUAAACACAGUCACACAAGGGAAGUUUUCAGCUCCAAUGUACUGUGUUAAUGUCAAAGAUAAUUUGGCUAAUCUUCUGAAAAAAAAACCUCUCAAUAUUUUAUUAUUUAUUAUUUU